GGAGGACAUGGACUUCUUCACCAAGAUUACGUCCACAGCAACUACUGACAAGCUGAAUGCUGUCAUUCAGGGUCGCCUUACAUGGGAGUCUAUCCCCAAAAAGUUUCGUCCUCUGGCCAAUCGGAUUAAUAUAGUCGUUUCAAGCACACUGGAUUCGCAAGCUGCGCUAAAUCAGUCAGAGUAUCCUGUUCGUUUUUACUGUACCCACAUUCUGAAGGAUUAUGAAUGCGAUGUUUUCUUUCCAAACAUUGACUGGAAGAAUUUCAAGGAAAUUACGUAG